AGUCAUCGAGGCUUGCUGCUCUAGGAUACAGCUUCACUGACCAUAUUGCAUAGUUUUACAGAAGUUCGGAUUUACAAUGAAACCCAAGACUGGGGUCAUCUUAGUUUUGCUCGCUGCUUUCGUUCAUAUUGCUGCACAGAAUAGCGACGCCGAACAAAAUGUGGAAGAGUUAUUGGUGGAAACCUUGGUUAAACCCGAAACUUGCUCUUUAAAGUCUGAAAUGGGAGACACUGUACAAAUCCACUAUACGGGUAAACUGCUGGCAGAUGGCAAGGUGAUUGACUCAUCACUGUCCCGGGAUCCCCUUGUUGUUGAGCUAGGAAAGAGGACAGUUAUCCCUGGUCUUGAACAGAGCUUGGUAGGAGUUUGUGAAGGGCAAAAAAUCAAGACCACAAUUCCACCACACCUUGCCUAUGGAAAGAGAGGAUACCCUCCCACUAUCCCAGCUGAUGCUGCUCUACAGUUUGAGGUGGAAGUGAUGUCACUGAUCCAGGCAACCCCAUGGCAGAAAAUGGUGAACGAUGUCUUCCCACUAGUGUGCCUGGGGUUGGUCCCCACACUGCUAGGCAUGGUGGGCUUGUACCUCUAUAACAAGGCCAAUGCCCAGCAGCCAGGCAAAAAGAAGGCCAAGGACAAGAAGAGCAAGAAGAAAUAAAGCAAGCUCUUCAAACUAUUU